UUCUGUUACCCUCCUCCUACUUGGCUGUAGCCCUGACUGGGCGUGUAACUCUCGAUUACGCACCUGUCCUCUAGCCUGUCUGGCUUCUCCUGUCAUUAUUCUUCCUGUGCGCUGGUCUGUCCUGUACUGUUUUGUCUUGCUGGUUUCCCAAAUGACACAAACUUAGUCCCUUAAGGGACUGGGGCCAGACUUCCUGGCUUUGAACACUGGCUCUCCCUCUUACCAGUAUAUUGACUCUGGAAAGGCAACUAAGCUCUGGGUGCCUUGGUUUUCUUGUUCAGAUUUUGAGAUUUAUUUGAAAAAAUCUGUUGCGGGUUGGGGCACCUGGCUUGCUCAGCUGGUUAAGCAUCCAACUUUGGCUCAGGUCAUGAUCUCAUGUUUCAUGAAUUUGAGCCCACAUCGGGCUCUCUACUGUCAGAGCGGAUCGCACUUCCAAUCCUGUCUCCCACUCUCUCUGCCUUUCUCCCACUUGGCUUUCUCUCUCUCUCUCUCUCUCUCUCUCUCUGUCUCUGUCUCUCUCUGUCUCUGUCUCUCUCUUUCUCUCUCUCUCUCUCUCUCAAAAAUAAACAUUAAAAAAAACUGUGUUAGAGUAGUUGUGGGUUAAAAUAUAUAACGUUCUUUGCUCAGUGCCUAGAACAUGGUAAGCACUCACUAAAUGUUAGCUAUUUACAAGUAUAUGCACCCUACUAUAUAGAGGAAAUCGAGGAUUCGGGGAGGAAAGACAGAGUGAUGCCCAGAAUUCCACCCCAAGUAUCCCACUUCCAACCUCCCUCCACAACUGCUCCUGGAAUGCUAGGUGCAAAGCUGGUGCAGGGCCAAGUAAGGGAAGGAGUAGGGUCCAAAUUCAGUGGGCCGGGAUCAGAGAGAGAUGGGAAGUAAACAGAGAACUGGGGCAAGGUUGAGAGGAAUGGGUAAAGUGGUUACCUCUCCCUGGGUUUGGACAGGAGCCCAGAUUUAGGGGAGAGAGCUAAGAACUCCGGUGCUGUGGGUUGUGUAAUGAAUCUCCUGUCACGAGGUUGGGCAAAAGAGAAGGACUUUGGAGUUACAGGUGAGAUGGGUGAGGAACAGGGCAGAAGGAAAGGGGGACUCAUGGAAGAUGCCUUCUAAAGAAAUCCUCAUGAAGAUAUUUUGUUUUUAUUUUUCUGAAUUUUGGGCCUAGAGUUGACUUUGGGGAAGAGAAGCAGGAACAAGUAAGAGAUUAAGUUGUCCCCAUCAUAUAUGCUUUCAUAGGCUCUCCAUGAGCCCUUAGCGCCCAUCCCCUUCUCUAGCACUCCACCUGGUGAACUCCUUAUUCACCCUUAAAGCUCCCACUCUCCUGUUUUGUUUUCUCCUUCCCUCGUAGGGCCCGGCCUACACUUCACUCUUUCAGUACAGGCUUUAUUGUGUUUUCCUAUAAUGUUAGUUCUCUGCUUUUACCCUUUAGACUGUGAGCUCAAGAACAUUGGCUGAGUGCAUGAGUGACUGCAUGAAUGUGUAUUCCUGGGAGCAACUUGGGAAAGGGACGAUUAUGCCACAUUACAGAAGGAGAAACUGAAGUUCAGGGAGUCUAAGUCACUGGCUUCCUAGAUCAUGAGUGUGCCCUAGGGUUGGGCAUCUGAGUCUAAGGCCGGUGCUCUGUCUGCCAGCACAGUCAGCCCCAGGCAAAACUGGUGGGUAGACAGUGACAAGCAUGGGGAACAUUGCUGAGGCAGAUGAGGCAAGUGGUCGGGAGAACCCCUGAUUCCAAUCUCAGCUGACGCUCUCGAGAGUGGUUCUCCUGUGGCCAUCUCACAUUAGCCUCCUGUAAGACUUGCUCUCUGAAAAGGGAUAAUAAUCCAACCAAGGCACACAUUCUCACUUGGUAACUGGACUGUGUUCUUAUUGCCAUCAGGGCUCAUGUCUGUUUGCAAGCAGCUGUGUUGUGGCACUUAGUACACCUGACACUUAGGAGGUGCUCCUGAAAUACUGGAUGACUAAUUGGGAGAAGGGCAAGGGGGAGUUUGCCAGCCACUGUCAUUGUCUGCUGAGAAAGCUUUCCUCCCACUGUUUCCCAAGGUGGAUCCUCACAGUUAAUGAACUCUGAAAGCUCUGUCAAAGCUCUGCCCUCUCCCUUUGCCCUCCCUCCAGGUGGGCAGGGCAAUCCUCCCUGCAGUGAUGGGGCUGGGGUGCUCAGGGGAAGUCAGACAUAGUCAGGGACAGACAGGAACAGCCAGCAAUCCAGCAGUCCCUGCACCAUGAGUGUCUCUAUGCUGAGUCUCACCAGACCCCUGGGCAGUGUCUCUGGGCUCCUGCAAGUGGUCUCUCUGCUAGGCCUGGCUCUGCUGUUGCUCAAGGCAGCACAGCUCUACCUGCACAGGCAGUGGCUGCUCAAAGUGGUCCAGCGCUUCCCGUCCCCUCCUUCCCACUGGCUCUUUGGGCACAUCCAGGAGGACAAAUGGGAGGACUUCAUCAGACAGAACUCAUACGUGGAGAUCUUUGAGCAUGUCUCCUUAAUGACCUUGGACACCAUUAUGAAGUGUGCCUUCAGCUACCAAGGCAGCCACCAAGCAGACAGCUGGAACCCAGGCUGGGAUACAAGCAGCAAGUGGGCCAAGGGAGGUGGCUGUGUCUGGGAACUUAGAGCUCUCAGCUCUGCCUGGGAACACUGUUCUGAGACAGAUGGAGUGAUCAAGCUGAAGAAGGCUCAGCUGCAGGAGGAGGGAGAGCUGGAGAAGGUCAGGAGCAAGAGGCACUUGGACUUCCUGGACAUCCUCCGAUUUGCCAAAAUGGAGGACGGGAGCAGCAUGCCUGACAAGGACCUCUGUGCUGAAGUUGACACGUUCAUGUUUGAGGGCCAUGACACCACAGCCAGUGGCAUCUCCUGGAUCCUCUAUGCCCUGGCCACACACCCUGAGCAUCAACAGCAGUGCCGGGAAGAGGUCCAGAGCCUUCUGGGAGAUGAGCACACUGGUGAGUGGGACCACCUAGACCAGAUGCCCUACACCACCAUGUGCAUCAAGGAGGCACUGCGACUCUAUCCGCCAGUUCCAGGCAUUGGAAGAGAGCUCAGCAAGCCCAUCAGCUUCCCUGAUGGACGGUCCUUGCCCAAAGGAUUCUUACUCAUGCUCUCUUUUUAUUGCCUUCACCACAACCCAAAGGUGUGGCCAAACCCAGAGGUGUUUGACCCUUCACAGUAUGCACCAGGUUCUGCUCGACACAGUCAUGCUUUCCUGCCCUUCUCAGGAGGAUCAAGGAACUGCAUUGGGAAGCAGUUUGUCAUGAACGAGAUGAAGGUGGCGGUGGCCCUGACCCUGCUCCGCUUUGAGCUGGCGCCAGAUCCUUCCAGGGUCCCUGUUCCCUGGCCAAGAAUUGUGUUGAAGUCCAAGAAUGGGAUCCACCUGCAUCUCAGGAAGCUGUCUAACCCCUGUGCAGACAAGGAUGAGUCCUGAGGCCCUCCUGCCUGCCAUCCUGUCUUCCUGUCCGUCUCCCCUGUCUCCUGUCUUCUGUCCCCCUCCAGCCUCCCUGAUAGCCUCCUCUUGCCAUCAGAGUGUCUGACCUUCUCUGUCUCACCCUUUGCCAGGUUUCCUAUUUACUCAUCUUUUACCUUUUUCCUAUCUAUGUGAAUCCCUGCCUGUCCACUUAACCCAAUGCCUGCUUGUCCCCCACCUUGCUUUCCUCUGCAUGUCUUUCUCCUUUUGUACCUGUUUGGUUCCCUAUAUUAUUUUUUUCUGGCUGCCAAAAUAAUUUACCAUAGCCUUAGUGACUUAUAAUAAUAUCAAUUUGUUCUCUUACAGUUCUGGAGUUGAAAUUCUAAAAUUGAUUUUGCUGGAAAACAGCCAAGAAGUUGGUACAGUCACACUACCUCCAGGCUUUAAGAGAGAAUCACCCUCUGCCUGUUCCAGCCUCUAGUUGCAUUCCUUGUGAUCUUUGGCUUCUGGAGCCUCCUCUAUAUUCAAAUUCAGCAGUAUCUUUCAAUGUUUUUCUGCUUCUGUAUUCAUAUCACCUUCUCUUCCAUAAAGGUUUUUGUGAUUGUAUAGCCCUGCUUGGAUAAAACAGACCUAUCUCAGGUUCCAGGACAUGGACUUGGGGAACCAUCAUUCACCCUGCUUAGUUUCUGUGUGAUUGCUAUUGGUCCAUGCUCCCAGCUCUUUCCUGUGUGUUACCUGCAUUCUUGUUUGUCAUUAUUCAUAUACCCUCUUCUUUUUUCCUCCCUGGAAUAAAGUUCUUAAUGUUG